AGUAAGCGACCGGACGGGAGGAGCCAAAACAAACAUGAUGUUCAGUGGAGCUGGAGAAGACGUAGAUAAUACUGCACACGAGGGAAAUAUUAUGCCGGCUUUUACGUUAGUUGAGAAUGGUACUGAAGACAAGUAUUAUAAAAAGUAUAACGCUAUCUUAAGGAGGUGUAGCAGUAUACAAAAGGAAAAUGAAAUGUUGGUGAAUCGAGUGUAUCAAGUGAAGAAGAUCGUCCGGCGACUCAGGAAGGAAAGAAAGUUCUUGAUGGAGGAACUUGAUAAGCGGGGUGACAACUAUAGGAGUUUGCCCUUAACUAUUGCCAUUGAAGAAGAGGAGAAAUCUUUUGCAUUACCUCAGACAUCCAGCCUUCCUGCACUGGGACGACCAAGAAGCACCAGUUCUUCCUCUAGUGUCAAGCGUCAGUUACAGGUAAAGCGUGAAAAACCAGAACGUGAUCCGACAGCCCCAAAGCGCCCCAGCAAUGCCUUCCUUCAGUUCUGUCAAGAGCAGCGAGACACCACUACAGCCCAAUACCUUCAGCAGACAGGACGGCCUCUUGACAAAAAACAUUUGACUAAGCUUUUAGCUGCACGCUGGAGUUCCCUUUCCGAAGAUGAUAAAAAGGAGUGAAUGCAGGUUUAUAGUAUAGAAAAGUCCGAGCCGGCUAAAGAGCGAUAUUCAGAAGAAAGGAAAUUAUACGACAAUAGGAAAGUUGAGUAGUUAAAACAGUGGGUGAUGCAUCAUGUGAUAUUGUAUAAAUGUAAAUACAAGGUUAGUAAAUGGUUUUAAUAUA